UGAUGCGUAUAAUGCAUUGUUCAUCUUUGUUUAAUGUCAGACAAACAACAAAGAUGAAUGAUGCAUUAUGCACAUCACGCGUGAAACGGAACGCAGCCAAUGUUGUGAGAUGGAUGUUAAGGAGGAACAACGUGUGGCAAUUAAAUUUUGCUGUAAAGUCGAUUUUUCGGCUACAAAGACUAUGGAAUUCAUUCAGAAGGCUUAUGUAUUGUAGAAUAACAUCGUUGGAUCGCAUUCAAAAUCUCACUUUUACGAUGGGAGAUCUCGGUAUUUCUAGCGAAACGGCUGGUUAUGACUUGAAUAAUUUUACAGUGGAAAAUGGUGUUUACAAGGGGCCAGUGAAACAUAUUAUUCACAACUAUAAGAGUGUCGGGGAAUUGAUGUGGAAUAGUAUUAGAAACCAUGGAGACAAAAUAGCACAUUUGGAUACACGUACUAAUGAAACAGCUACAUACGCGCAGCUUCAAGAUAAAGUUGUAAGAUGCGCUUUGUGGUUACAAAAACAAGGAAUCAAAUCUGAUGAUGUCAUUACUGUGUGCACGGGUAAUCAUCUUAAUUCCAUCGUACCCUGCCUUUCGGCAACUUAUAUCAAUGCGAUCUUUAAUACAUGGAACGAGUCCAUGGACUUAAAAACUGCGCUGCAUCUAUUGCAACUGACCAUGCCAAAAAUUAUUUUCUGCAGUGAAAAAUCCAUGGAUGUCGUUUUGAACGCAAUAAAAGAGAAGAAUUACAGUCCCAUACUGAUAGUUUUCGGUAAUAAUGUCAACGCGAUUUCUUUCUCCGAUAUUUUGAAAAGUUGCAACGAUGCGGAAGUAGCAAACUUUCACUAUGUUGAACUCGAUGAUAUAAAAAAAACAGCUUGCAUCUUACAUUCGUCGGGUACUACGGGGAUGCCGAAAGGUGUCGAAUUGUCCAAUUUUUCUGAAUUAAGUGUCAGCCUGGAUACCGUUUUAGAUAUGAAUAAUGUGCCAUCACUCUGGUUUUCUUCUCUUUAUUGGUUGAGUGGCGUAAUAAUGAAUUUCAUGGGAAUUGUGCAAUGCUCCACAAUGAUUAUUUAUCCUGAAUUUGACGAAGAGAUGACUUGUCGUCUGAUUGAAAAAUAUAAGGUAACAACUAUUUUUCUUAGCACAAGCAUGAUAAAUCGACUUCUCAAAGCAGAUUGUAUGAAAAAGUAUUCUUUAUCAUCUGUAAAAGUCAUAAUGAGCAGUGGUUCAAUAAUUAAGUCAGAAGUGCAAGAAGAACUGAGACGUAUUUUGCCGCAUGCCCAAAUAGUGCAAGGUUACGGAAUGACUGAAGUUAAUGGUCUCAUAACGAUGCAACUAUCGCAUCAUAAAAAUGGAUCUUGCGGGGUUGUAACCAAAAAUGUACAAAUAAAGAUUGUGAAUCCAGAAAACGGGAAAGUACUUGGUCCAAAUGAACCGGGAGAAAUAUGGAUAAAAUCUAUAAACGUAAUGAACGGUUAUUACAAAAAUCCUGAGGCGACAAAAAAUACAAUUGACGAUAAAGGAUGGUUGCACUCAGGUGAUAUCGGUUAUGUUGACAAAGAUGGGGAAUUAUUUAUUAUUAAUAGAAUAAAAGAACUUAUAAAAUACAGAGGAUAUCAGAUCUCUCCUGCAGAAAUUGAGAAUGUUUUAUUAACGCACCCAGCAGUUCUAGAAGCUGGAAUAGUCGGAAUGCCUCAUCCUUUGGACGAUGAACAUCCUCUUGCAUAUGUCACCAAGAAACCUGGUGCCAAGGUAACGGAACAAGAAUUAAUAGAUUUUGUAGCGAACAAUAUGAUGGAUCACUGUAAACUACGUGCAGGAGUGAUAUUUUUGGACAAUUUUCCAUAUACGGGUUCAGGGAAAAUUUCGAGGAGAGAUUUGAAGGAAAUGACAGAAAAACUGAUAAAGCACGUUGAUUAAUUACAUAGAAGAAUAGGAAAUCUUUUUAAACUAAUAACAAUUAAUUUUGAUAGAUCUAAACAAUAGUUUAUAAUAGCUUUAAUAUAAUAGCCAAUAUAAUAUUGGCUUAAUAAAAGCCAAUAAAAACCGAUGUUGAAUAAACUUGGAAUUUAUUAUUAUUCCUUUAAAUGUACGAUAAUAAUUCGUAUUAAUACAAGAGCAUAAUAAUAAUAUGCAUGGUGUGUGAAUACAAUAAUAAAAUGUGUAACAGUGAAUAAAAACAAAUAAAAAUGCA